UUUAAUCAAUUGUGAGGUAUCACUUCCAAACAAAACAAAACAAAAAAAACAUCAAAAACAACAAUGACGUUGACGGAAAAAGAUACGGAAAUUAUCCAAAAAACUUGGACAAUGGUCCGCGCUGAUUCUAUACAAGCUGGUGUUGAUUUAUUUCGAAAAUUUUUUGAAGCCAAUCCUGAUUAUGUAAAACUGUUUCCAUUCGACAACCAUGAAGAUAUAGAAGCUGUAUUGAAAAGUUCAACAUUAAAAAUGCAUGCCGGUCGUGUUAUGACAGCAUUAUCAUCCAUUGUUGACAAUCUUAAUGAUCCAAUUAUGUUUGAAGAAAAUUUACAAAAAAUCAUCAUAAGCCAUGUACAACGUAAUAUCGAGCUUAAACAAUUUGAAAAUCUUAAAUUGGCUUUAGUACAAUUAUUAAUGGAUAAAUUAGGCACCAACAUAAUGGAUGAUCAAGCCAAAGAAUCGUGGUCAAAAGCAUAUGACGUUAUUCUUGAAACGUAUAAAAAAAGUAAACAAAAUUCUCAAUCAUCAUGAUGAUCAACGAAAUGAUUCAAAAAAAAAAAAUAUGGAAAUAUUUCGACCCUUUUCAAAAAUUCAUG